GGGGCGGAGCGGCCGCGGAACAGGAGCGGUAUGUGGGCGCUCGGACGGCGCGCAGUCGCGGGCCUGCCUUCCCGGGCUUCGGUCUCGGUCGGGAUCCCUCGCUGGAGGGAACCUAUCGGAGCGUGCGGCCACCGAGGCCUGCAGGUCACGAUCAGCUCGGCCUCCACCAUCCGCCACUCGAAUUUGAACUUCCACUACCUCAAUCAGAUUCUGAACAUCAAAAAGCAGAGUGUCUGCCUGGUGCAUUUGAGGAACUCGGGAACUUUGAACAAUCCAAGCUCUCUAGACGAGACAGCUUAUGAAAGACUUGCGGAGGAGACUCUGGACGCCCUGGCAGAGUUCUUUGAAGACCUUGCAGACAAGCCCUAUACCCUGGAGGACUAUGACGUCUCUUUUGGGGGCGGCGUGCUAACCAUUAAACUGGGCGGGGAUCUAGGGACCUAUGUGAUCAACAAGCAGACUCCAAACAAGCAAAUCUGGUUAUCUUCUCCCUCCAGUGGCCCUAAGCGCUAUGACUGGACUGGGAAGAACUGGGUGUACUCCCAUGACGGCAUGUCUCUGCAUGAGCUGCUGGCCAGAGAGCUGACUGAAGCCUUAAAUACCAAACUGGACUUGUCUUCCUUGGCCUAUUCUGGAAAAAGCACUUGAUUCAAAGACAUUAAAGCUAUCAGGCCAAGACCCCCGCUUUCUUCUGUAGUUGGGUGUCUGGUUUCCCAUGCCUGCUUCUGAGGACAGUCACACUGUGUAUGACAACUCUGUGAAAAAAGUGUGUUACCUCCCA